AUGCCACGUAAGCUACGUAAGAAUAUACGUAAGAGGAAGAGAGCAUUGAAACAUCCAAUAGUAAAACUGACACCACAACAACAGUUGCAACAACAAAUUAUGAAUGACCCCACUAUGUUGCAACAAAUGUCAAGCAAUCCUAUGCUUUUAAACCGAGUUCUUGGUGCACAGAGUGGAGGUUUAAGAGCGGCACUUUUAGCGAAAAUGGCAGGCUAUGGUGGAGCUGCAGACGGAACAGCUUAUAACCCUCAAAGUCAAAUGAAUUUGAGUUCACUCAAAAAUCAAAUAGCAGAUGUCAAAAAGUCAAACAUAGACAUACAGAAACAAAUAAGUGAAAACGAAAAGAAACUAGAAUAUGACAGACACACAAAGAAACUCAAUGAGUUAAACGUAGAGAAAAAGAAGAAAGAAGAACAACUGAAAGAACUAAGUACAGAGGAAUAUGCGAAAAAAGUGUCAGAAAAAGCAGCAGAAGUAGCAAAAAUGGAACAAGAUGUUAUAAAUUUGAAAAACCAUACUACUCAAUAUAAAGUACUGAAAGAUGAAGAGAUAAAACAAAAAGCCCUGAAGACAUAUAUGGAUAGCGAUGAGUAUAAAAAAGAAGUUGAAGCAAAUGUAAAGGCAGAAAAACUUUUACAGUUGCAAAACCAAACCGUACAGUAUGAAAACUUAGCACAAGAA